AUGAAGCCACAGGGCUGUCUGGCCUGCCUCCUGCUGGUCCUGUGCCUGGGCAAUGGGGAGGCUGGCCCACUGCUGAGUGGAGGGGAGAGUGCUGGAGCAGGGGCCAUGGAGGCCACUGGACACGGGGUGGAAGAGGCCAUUGGACAAGAACUGGGAGAGGCCAUCAAGCAUGGAGUUGGGGAGGCCACUGGUGGAGGGGAUGGAGAGGCAGUGGGCUCUGGAGUCAAGGAGACCAUGGGCCCCGGGGUGAGGGACGCUCUCGCCCGUGGGGUUGAGGAAGCGGCCCAUGCUCUUGGAAACACUGGGAGUGAGGCUGGAAGACAGGCUGAGAAUGUCAUUCAGCAUGGAGUGGAUGCUGCCCACAGCUCCUGGCAGGGGAUGCCUGGCGGCAACGGUGCUUUGGCAGCUGUGGCCCAACCUCCUCAUGGCUCAGGGAGAGGCAGCGACAACCCAAGUGCAGAGUCUCAAACCUCACCCGUCCCCUUCCCUCUGCAAUGCACCAACCUCCCGCCAUCUGGCUCAGGUGGAGGAAGCAGCAGUCAUGGCAGGAACAGUGGUGGCAGUUCUGGGCCCCAUUGGGUAAGUUCUCCUUUGUUGAAGGCAGAGGUGGGGCCCCUGGUGGUCCCUGCUGAGGAAACCCACUCCGAGGUCUUCCUGAAAGCUGCCAGCCCCAGGGGGCGAGGGCCUAGCGGGGGAGGGGAAGCUGUUCGUAGAACCAACACCUUGAACUCUCAGCCGUCUCCUGGGCUCUUCAACUUUGACACUCUCUGGAAGAAUUUAAAAUCCAUGCUGGGUUUCUUUAACGGGGACGUCAUCAACAAGGGCCGAGUCCCAGACCUCAGCACUCGCAUCCUCCUCUACUUCCGUCAGCUCUGGGAGAACUUCAAACGCAACACUCCUUUCUUGAACUGGAAAGCAAUUACUGAGAACUAUGAUUGUAACCAGCAGACACACCUUACUGCCACUGGGGGGCAGCCCACCACUAAGGGGGGAGUCACGAUUUCUUCCUCGGAAGGAAUCACCACUGGUAAUAAUGCAGCAGGAUCCGAGGAGACCUCUCACGCCCAGUUUCUGGACAUUGACAAGUUGCGAUCUGUUUUUAGGCCUAAUGAAUACCUGAACUGGCCCGCCCUCUUCGAGCUGAGAGGAAUGAAGGAUGCAGCUGCCAACGCCCAGUGA